AUGGAGUCUCGACACGAUUACGACGCAGUGAACUGCCUCAUAUCUCUCACCAAGAGCCGCAGUAUACAGAUGGACCUCACAAUAGUAAAAAAAAUACACAAGCUAAUUAGGAAAAACAAAAUAACUUGCUACGUAAACCUUUUCGACGUGGCAGAAAAUGUAUUCGCCAGUAUAGCGUCCAUCCUAUGUAACAAGGUGAGGGUAGCUGUUUACCUUUUAAGAAGAAAGAAAGAUGUUGCACAUGUUGAGGAUCCUCUUCUGAAUGAAGCUACCUGGGGGAACAACCCCCCCCUCAGUGACUACUUAAAAGGGUAUGACAUGUGUAGCAGUGAGAGGUGCCGCUUAACCAUUGUAUACUAUGUAAAGUCGCUCUCUUUUUGCUUUGAAAAAAUUGGCAAAGCGGAUAGACAAACCUUCUUCACCAACCUGAAUAACCUUUCCAUGUUGCUUACAAUCGGUCUGAAAGAAACGGACAGCUGCAGUGAGUCCUUCCAAAUAGCAGUGCUGAAAUACGCCAAGAAUCUCUUCCUGCGUGUUUACCCCGAUGAUAUGUUCCAACACCUGGAUGAAGCUGACAUAGCCAAAGCGCAACAAUCGGUUAGCAAUUCUACACACCAUCCAUAUGGACACCACAAAUCGGAAGAAAAAAAAAAAGACCUCGAUGCAUUCUUCUGUCUCAUGAAGGUCAUCCAAACUGUUUUGCAAAACAUAAUCCAAAAAAAAAAAAAAAUUAAAUUCAAAAAUAUAAAGUUACUAUUUAUCAUCCUGAAGAAGAUAAAAAAGAAUGUCCUCACAUUGAAAAUUUGUUUUGGAGCCAUCAGCUUAAAUCUCUUCCUCCUUUAUCGAACUUGCCAUGCGAAGGACAUUCAAAAAUUGAUCGUAAAAAUGUUUGCCAUGUGUGUGGACAGAAUAUUGCUUUUUUGCCUGAACGGUCAGGUAAAAUUGGGGGAAACGAACUUGGGAGGGGACCCCAAAUGGGGCCGUUCGCCCACAUGGCCAGGUGAACAGGAAUAUCUCUCCUCUAUGCAAGGUUUGGGAGGCCCACCCAAAAGGCCAUCUUCUGCCUCGUUUGUUGGACAGAACCAUUUUACCUUGAGUAAGCAGAGAAAGACGCAAUUGGGCCAACAGGUAGACGAACUGGUAGGCGAAGCGAUCCACACCCCACGGUGCAACACACCCAUAGACCAAUCAACCGAAGACAAAACGAUCAUCGCGAAUGUCUACUUCAUCUGCUACUACGUGCUCACAAACUAUGAGGACGAGAUUGUCACAGAGGUUUCCCACCUCUGCAAAAUUAUAAUAAAGUAUUGGUACAUGCUGCACAAGAACUUGGUUAUGACGGGCUACUUUGUCCUUCUCUCUGAACUUCUUUCCGAGGGAGGAGACUCCUUUGCUGCUCGGUUGGAGCUCCUCCUGGGCAGUAGACACUUCGCUAACCUUUUGGAUGUUCACAAGUUAAGCGUUCAUCCGUUGGGUGGAGUGCAGCAGAGGGGAGGUGACAGCAGCGAUUCAGGUAAUGUUCCAGGUGUAAACGAACAGGGGGAGCCCCAUCUACCCACCCUGCAGGAUGACCUCCACGCCAUCUUCACAAACCUCAUAAAGUCGCUGCGGUCGGAUGAGCACCCCCUUAUCCACCUCGACCCCGAGGAAAAUUGCACCCUGGAACGGUUAAAUGAAAAUAUGGGUACCUACUACUUUAGGCACCUCUACAACGUGUUUAUGUUGAGAAGGCAAAACGAAGUGUACCUUCUUCGGUUUCUGAGGGGCUAUCUGUACUUCCAUUUUUUUAAUAGCCACACAGAUGAAGUGCCAGUUGUGAGGGAACACUUCUCUGUAAAGUAUUUCCUCUCCCUCUACGAAACGUCCAAUGUGGGUUGUGUGAAUAGGGGGACCUACCCCCCACAGUGCGAUUCCUCCUCCAUCCUCAGCGAGGACAAUUCGUUAUAUUCCCUAAACCUGUAUGAACAGGUAGAUCAUGGGGGAAGCUAUUUCCCAGGUGAUAAGUCUAACUGGACUCAAAUCAGAUUUUCCCGUUUUCGAAACAUCAAGGACGGUUUGAAGUUGCAGGACGUGGGACUCAUUGGAGAGGUGAGCAUCCUCUUCUUCCUCCUCUCGAGCGAAAGCGAACUGGAGAACCACCUGAACGAAAUCAUGUUUACCACGUGGGACAACUGCACGGAAGGCACCGGAAGGGGGACAAAAAGUGAAGAACUCGUUUUAACGAACAAGUGGUGGAAGGACAUCCAUCACUUCACCAACGCUAUCGAUUGGGGGAAGGGAAGGAACUCAGAGGAGGGGACAUGUAACACAUCUCAAGCAGACACGGCAAGAGAUUUAACCCCCACGGGUGAUGCAUACAGGGAAGAGGAGGAACCCCCCCUUAAGCGAAAAUGCAAGUGCCUCCACUUUAUCAACUUUUAUAUGGACGCCCUCAUAGUGAUGCUCUGCACACAUGCUGGAGUUCAGUUCGAAGGGGAAAAUCAAACAGAGACAACCCCAGUUAUGCCGCACAACCAACCCGUUUGUGAACAGGUCCUACAGAACGACCUGGUGAAAGACGUCAUGCAAGAAUAUACCAACCUUCAAAAGGGCUACUUUUAUUUAGCCCUUCAAAUGAAAUUGUCUCGAGAAACUCCUAACUUUAGGAUGAUCAUGGAGAGGGUAUUCUCCUUCCUAACAUCCAAGAGGGUGAAAAAGGCGCACCAUAUGGAUGGGGCUGAUGAGGUGGACCUACGCCAGUACUACCUCUCCCUCUUGCUAAUAUGCAUGAACAAAUGCUUCUGUGUGUCAUCCCUGUGUGGGUAUCAAGAUUUGGUUGAAAAAUAUUUCUGUAAAAAUUUUGUUUUUUUCUUGUUAAACGUGAGUAACAGCUGUUCAUAUGUGAGGGAGCUGGCCGAGUAUACGAUACGGAAUGUCCACCAGUGUCGCCAUGGGGGAGUGCAUACCGAAGUCUGGUCACCCAAUGACAGUUGCAUCUCCUCACACGCAGGGAGGAGGGGUGUUGUGUGCGUGCCCCCCCAGGGGAACCGCAUGGAAGACAUCCUAAACCAGAACAGCGAAGCUAUAUCAGCCUACAUAUACAAAAAAAUAAUAAACAUGGAUUCAUUACACAGUUUGAGAAAAUUUUCCACGCUGACGCAGUUCCUGGUGGUGAACCAUUUUUACCACAUUUAUCUGUUCAAGGAUAUUUGCGUGCACAUGAUAAAGUACGCCAGGAGAAUGCAGUUCCUUCGUCUGGAUCGACAGAGGAAGGACGAAAUGACGGUAAUCAUGCUGUCUCUUUUUAAUCAUGUCCUCUACUUGUUUUAUGAGCAUAUCAGUCGGAAGAGGGUGAAAUUGUGUGUGAAGGGGAACUACGUGGAGCAGGUGAAGAAUCGCCUCCUUCACGGAGAAACGCGCGUGAAUUUUACUCACCUGAAGGGGGCAGUUCGGAGCAGUGAAGACAGCGUUGACCAAAGUGUUGACCAAAACGUUAACCGACACGGCCACACAACUGCAGCGGUUCACGCCCCACCUGGCAAAGGAACCCCCCGCAGCAUACUCCACAGACACGCUGAGCAGAAAAAGAAGAAGAAACUAUUUUUACGCAACUCACUUUUAUUCAAAUUUCACGCAGACCUCUUCAAUGUGAUCCACCCAGACACAGUAACAAGUGACGAUGCCAAGACGGACUGCAUUAACAAAAUAGAAGAAUACAUGAAAAGUAUUGUAAAAAAAGCAAGGGAGAACAUUCCGUGUGAGAGGCUUGUCAACAUCCUUGUAGACGAUGAUUUCUACGACUUGUAUGAGGAAGAAGGGGGGAGGAACACCAGUCCACCAAGGAAUCCUGACGGAGUUUCUACAAAGGACCUUAAAGACAAUAACUACAUCAGGGUGAGGAAGUACCACCAGGAGGUUCAUUACCCCGAUAUCAGACACACGGCAGAGCAUAUUUUCCACUUUGCAAAGAAGUUUCUCUGCCAUGAGGACGUCUACGUGCGAUUCAGUGCCCACCUCUGCGUUCUACGAUGCCUCUUCAUCUUUUCAACGCGAUUGUAUGAGCUCUACCCGAAGAUAUACCAACUCUGGGGCUACGUAAAAAUCAACUUCAGAAAAAACGACUACAUGAACGACAUAGUCCUGUUGAACAUAAUUAAUUACGUGGCAACCAUCGAUGAGAAAUUCUCCCCAAAUCUCAUCCUUGGCGACAUCAUACCGGAGCUUUUCCGCAAAAUGGAGAAGUUCGAAAUGGGAAAGGAGAUGCCCAAGCAGAGCUUCGAGCACAGGUUCCUCCUGAAUGCAAUGCUACUCCUCGUGAAUGUGUCGAAGGAGGAAAGCUGCUUCGAACAGAUUCACCCCUUUGUUACUUACUUUUGCCUAAAGUGUCUGCGCGAAGGAGUGGACGAACAGAUUAAGAGGCUCGCCCUAAACAUUAUUUGCAACUUUUUCCUCAUUGACAUUCCAAAGGUACAGAAAAGCUUCCAAACGGAUAGGAAUGUCUGUUGCGACGUGGACAUAAACCGAGCAAUACAAAACCUGCGCAUCGUUAAAGAGAGGAUUAACCAAACGUACGGAAACAAUGGAACUGGAACCGAAGACGAAAAUUUAAGAGCCCUAUUCCAUGGAAGUAUCCUUAACGACGUGUCCUUAGAGCAGCCGUUACUAUUCCUUUCUUGUUUCCUGCAAGAGCAGAAUCUGAGGGAUGUCCUUUCUUUAGCAUUUCAUGUCGAUCACAGGAUGGUUAUUUUUUUGCUAACUUAUUUUGAGUUUUUGCAAAUGAAGUGCAGGUAUAAAUGUCGCUUGAACCAGCACUGCCUCCUCGUGUCCAGUCACUUCUUAGGGGAGGACCACGCAGGGCUGUCCCAAUCUUUGGUGUGA